AUGGAAAUCGAAGACGCUGAGGAGCGAGCGCGACACUCCUCACUCUUGAUUGAACACACGCGACACCGCAGCACCACACGCUCUAUCGCACCCGUAUUGGAAAUGUCCACCGCCUUUGAACCUUCCCGCUCUACCGGCCUCGGCCGCCAGUCUAUGGCACCGGUGGCACUGUCUGGUGCAGACUCGCUGCCGAGCGUCAAAUUUGGCUUCGACGAGCUGCGCGACCGCAUGGCCAAGUUCAGCGCCAAGUUUGACGCUUUUAUCGAGCAAGGACGCAAACGUGUACUGGAGGAGCGCAACCAGUUUCGCAUGAACAUCGCCGAGCUUCAAGAGGACCAGCGCAUGAAGAAGAAGGAGAUUGAAAUCGUUCAGUUGAAAACGUCGACUCAUCAGCAAACGGUGGAAAAGGAAGAAGCCGAAACGCGCGAGAUGGAAGCGGCCAUCGCCUCGCUCGCCUCCCAGCGGGACGAUCAUGCGACGACACGAGACAAGCUCAAGAAACAAAUCGAACAGACACAAGCCGAGAUAGAGUCUCGUCUCGCUGCCCAGCGCGCCUUUGCGGCCCGACAGGAAGCGCAGUCGCGGUUCAAUGUUCCCGAGCUGGACUUUUGGAUCACCAACUUGUGUCUGAGGAUCGAGGGCGCCGGGCAGGACGAUCGGCUCAAGUUCGUCUACAGCCACAUCGACGAGAAGAACUGGGAGAGGGAGGCUUGGUUCGAGCUAGUGACGAGCUCGAGGGACUACGACGUGAAGCAUUGCCGGCCGAAGCUGGACCGGGAUGCCGUGGAGAAGGUGCUAGAGAGGGUGAACGAGUCGAGAGAGCUGGUGGUGCUUCUCAAGGGCAUGCGGGAACUGUUUGUCGAGGCUAUGAGGUCGUAA